AUGUGUCGUUCUUUUGCACGACUCCCCCGUGGUCUACCUGUCCAGCAUGCCGGCGUCAGGUCUGGCCCCGGGGGUCGCCACCCCUCACUAGGGAUCUCCGAUCGAUCUCCCGUGGCGAACGUCAGAUCGCAUGCGCCGGUUUUGGGCCAUGUUCAUCAUGGAACGCGACCAAGUUUGCGCUUCCCCUCUCACAACCUUCCUCGCUUUGCGCAUUUCUCUACCACCUCCCUGAACGUCAUCGCACAAUCUCUCCCGCUAUAUCCCCAGAACCACCCGCGCAGCGCACAUCGACAAUUACAUACGGCAGUGACAAUGGCGUUGGACAUGGACGUGGACGACAUCGAUACAAAACCUGCUGACAUUCUCAAUGAGGAUGUCACAUUGCCCGAGGGCCGCGCAGAGGCCGCAUUGGAUCCAGAAUCCGACGAAGACGUCCCCGUUGAAGCUGAGGAGCUGCAGGAGGCUCUGGGACGUCCUCCGCCGGUGCACAGUGACUACCUCCCACUUCCCUGGAAGGGUCGCCUUGGCUAUGCCUGUCUUAACACAUACCUGCGAUACUCGACUCCUCCUGUUUUCUGUUCCCGCACAUGUCGCAUUGCUUCCAUCAUCGAGAAUCGUCACCCAUUACAAGACCCAGAACAGCCUGCGCAUGCGACUAAGAACCGUCCCGACCGUGAUCAACCAGCUGAUCCAGCGCGCGGACAAGCAUUCGUGGAAGCGCUGGGGUUGGCGAACUCGCGUGACCUUCUCAAGCUGAUUCGCUGGAAUGACAAAUAUGGCAUCAAGUUCAUGCGGCUCAGCAGUGAGAUGUUUCCAUUUGCCAGCCACAAAGAGUACGGUUACAAGUUGGCGCCGUUCGCAUCUGAGGUUUUGGAAGAGGCUGGACGAGUAGUCGCGGAGCUCGGCCACCGUGUAUCAACUCAUCCCGGUCAAUUCACCCAGCUUGGCUCUCCCAGAAGAGAGGUGAUAGAAAGCUCAUACAGAGACCUCGAAUACCACUCGGAGCUGCUGCAGCUGCUUAAAUUGCCUCCCCAACAAGACCGUGAUGCUGUUAUGAUUCUACACAUGGGCGGUGUCUUUGGUGACAAAGCUGCUACUUUGGACCGUUUCCGAGAGAACUAUGCCUCAUUGUCGCAGGAUGUCAAGAAUCGACUGGUACUCGAGAAUGACGAUGUUAGCUGGACCGUUCAUGAUUUACUGCCCAUCUGCGAAGAGCUGAACAUUCCUAUGGUACUCGAUUAUCAUCACCACAACAUUUUGUUCGAUCCAAAUGAGGUUCGUGAGGGUACGCAGGAUAUUAUACCCCUUUAUGACCGCAUUGCAGAGACCUGGUCUCGAAAGAACAUCACGCAGAAAAUGCACUAUUCCGAACCUACUGCCCCAGCAAUUACGCGUCGCCAGCGGCGCAAGCAUAGUGACCGGGUCGCCACUUUGCCGCCUUGCGUGCCUAGCAUGGACCUCAUGAUCGAGGCCAAGGACAAGGAGCAAGCGGUAUUUGAGUUGAUGAGAACAUUCAAACUGCCGGGCCAUAAUCUUUUCAACGACAUCAUCCCAUACAUGCGAACGGAUGAAAACAAGCCAUUCAAGCCCCCGCGCACGAAAAAGAAGAACGACGCCUUUGUUGACCUCGAAGGCACUGUCCCUCCACCUCGCACCAUACCCGACGAGGAGGUCGGCAUGGGUGGUCCUGAAGGGCGAGUCUAUUGGCCACGAGGCAUGGAAGAAUGGCUGCGCCCAGCGAAGAAAGUCGUGAAACCCAAGGCCAGCCCCAAAAAGGUCAAAAAGGAACCUGAUACCAAUGGGACCCUGGAGACACCAGUGAAGAAGCCUACUCGUGCUCCUCGGCGUACUCCAUCUUCAGUCAAGAAGCGGAAGGCCGAAAAGAUCGAGUCUACCCCGGAGUUGGACGAGCUGAGCGACCUAUCCGCAGAGCUGGAAGAUGUUGCUGCGAAGGCGUCCGGCUCGCGGAGAAGUAAGCGUGCGAAGAAGGUGAAUUACACCGAAGAUGAUGCAUAG